UUAUGAUCAUCUACUUUCAUGAGAAGCAACAAUGACCAAGAAAAAGCUAAAGGUUGAUGCUGCUGUGUCCUCUCGCGAGAGGACCGUGACUUGGGCUGAUGAUCAGAAGAAAUACAUGCUUGAUUGGUACAUCGACUACUUGAAAGACCAGCAUGUAGGAUUUAAGUUCAAGAAGCAACAUCAUUUGUUGUGUGCUGAUGCAUUAAAUAAGAAGUUCGCAAUGGGAGUGACCGUGGAUCAAGUGGACCGUCAGUACAGGCACUAUAAAGAGAAUUGGAAAAUUAUUGCAGCAGCAUUGAGCAAAAGUGGAAAUUCAUUUGACCACACUAGAUGCAUUGUGACUAUUUCAGAGUCUGAAAAGGCAACCCUAUGUUACAGAGCAAGACGCCUACUCACUAAACCCAUCAAAUUCUAUGAAGAGAUGCAGGAGUUGUUCACUGGAUCUAGUGCUGAUGGUUCAUUAGCUAUGGAUUAGAAUACAUGCAUGGAUGUUAGUGAUGAUUCCGAUAGUGAUUCAAGGGAGAUGCAUGACCUCAAUGGCUAUACACCACCUGAAGAUCCACUUGGUGAUGAUUCAGACACAAUACCAACUCCUAUCACAAAUGCAACCGGUGAGAACAACUACCCUUCCAACUAUACUCGAUCUGGUAUAAAACGUUCACGAGGCAACCCUAUGUGUACUCUAUCAACUAAGAAGGCAGCAAAGUACAAGAGUCGUCUUGUAGAGUCCAAUGAUGAAAUCACAGCUAUGAUGAAAUCACUUCAGGACACACUUGUUGCCACUGCUCCUCCUCACAUAUCACAGC